UUCAACAAUAAUAAUCAUGGCGGACCGUCCGAAAAGUAGUGAUAACGAGCGCGGCGGAAGUGAAAUUAAUUCUAAUAAUAAUAGUAAUUAUGAAAAUACUGAAGAUGUGGAUCCGGCAAUGAACAACUCUGCUUCAGGAACUCACACUGCGCGAAAUUCAUCACAUUCAAAUUCAUCACCGCAUAACUCAGGUACAAGUUCAGGAGCAUCUAGUAAACGCAAAGAAAACAACCCUUAUUCCUUCAAACACUUCUUAACCGGAGGCAAGCAAAACGUUGGAACUUCCCACCCACACCACACUGUCAGUCGCAGUAACGAGUCUGACGAGAAUAACACCAUGGAUCCCUCCAUCGCCUCAUCUUGCUCAAGAACAAAUCGAAACUUAAUCUUAAACAAUCCAGAUCUUGCCUCAGGACUUCCAGAUUUUGUCCAGGAUCAUCUUAUAAUGGAGCAAUGCUUUUUGGAGUCGAGCUCUAAUAAUGCGUCAAACCCAUCCUUCAACUUAGAAAAUAGUCACAUAUAUCACAUAGAGAAUGCCAUUUUAAAUUCCUCUUGUGAAGAAUCACCAAAUACACUUAGGUCAGCUAAUGCUAAUGACAUUCCGUUUGAUUUGACAAGCACAAUGCCUAGUGAAAAACAAGAAGAAUCUCCAAUACCUACGCCUUUAGACUUGCCAACCUAUCAUGCAUCAAAUUCAAGACCUGGUAGACCGCGAGACCCACCUUUAGAUUUGCCUUCAUCCAGCAUGGCUGGCCCAGGCAGUGCAAACUCCUCUGAAGUUGGAGCCUCAAAGAGCCUGCCAGAUUUUCUGUCAGACGGCCCCAUUCACCAAAGGAGAACUGAUGAUUCAGCGGACAGCGAUCGAUCAACUUUACCCUACUCACCACGCGAAUCAUCCGUUGAAAUCCAAGUGUUGCAAACAGAAAAUUUGCGGCUUCGGAGAGAAGUGGAAUGGCUUUCUUCAGUAAUCAAAGAAUCAAAUGAUAGGUUAGAAAGGAGAGAAAGAAGGCAUCAAGUAACUACUAAUAAUCUAGAAAAAGAAUUAGAUUCCACCCGAGAGAAUUUAAGGAGGACAAUGGAAAGAGCAAUUGCUGCUGAGGCAACAGUUUGUCAAUUACAACAGGAGGUGAAAUCCUCAAAGGUACAUAAACUGCAGCGGGCGGAAGAAAAUAGUUCUAACUGUAGUAAUGUUGGUGAUGGAAACAGAAAUGUCCAAACUCCACAGCAUGAUAGCAGGCAAAGGCUUGGACUUGAAAUUCAAAACAUCACAGAUUCUGCAGAAACAUCCAUCCGGCAAUUGCUAAACAACGUAGAAACUCUUAGACUUAUCGCAUCCAGCCUGGAAAAAGCUACCGGAGAGUCCUCCCAUCACGGAGAAAAAGUAGACGAAUCAAAAGAGGAUCCAAAGAAGACGUAAUUGAUGGCCUAAUUUCUUGAAGUUGCAUCAUUAUACAAGGAAAAUUGCUGCUGCGUAAUGUUCAUCACUGUUGAGUGUCCAUCUUUUCAUGCCUUUUUCUGUUUUUGAUACGCAACUCUCAGUCAUUGAUGUCUGAGCGUUUCCCUCUCCGUGGGCUUGUAUCAGAGGUAAAAUCAAGCAGAGAAGUUCAAGUCUAGGUCUUGAAAUUGAAAUCUAAUUCUUUUUUCCCAGUUUCAUCAUUGAUAUUUGUUAAGAUUUUUUUUUUUUUUUACUAAGUCUUGUUAGCUUCCAGAAUGUUCUACAGGGUAAAUUAAAAAACAAGUUCAGUAAUACCUUGGUUAUUCACUCCCUUAUCCAAUGCCACAACAAGGCACAGCCUACCUGCCAAUAUUUGUCUCUUAAAGAGAAAUUUGGCAGCCACUACAAGGCUAGUAAGCAGAUGGUGAUAGACAAGAACCUCAGGAAAGUAAUCACGUUUUUGGUGCGUUAUCGUGCAUUUGUGGAUACACAUUUCAUGUAAAUUUCACACAUUUUCGUGUGGUUUUAUGUAUCAACAAUCACUUGGCGUUUUUGGCCAUCCAUCUUCGGCUUCCACCCCAAUUCAUCUGAUAAUCAAGGUAUUACUGCACAAUCGUAGAAAGGUUUCAAAGAUAUUUAAUCGCUUGAGCCUUUUCCCCACCCCUUCGGCUCUAAAUAUUUUUUGCGGGUUAAGCCAUUGUCAUUUUGAAUAUUCUUCACGGGUUGAGCCAUUGUCAUUUUGAAUAUUCCUCACAUUAAACCCACUCUCUAAGCCUCGGAAGCGCUAGAUUUCUGCAGGAUACACUAUUUUGUAAAAUGACGGGUGCUCAGCAAAAUUCAGUGUCUGAAAGGGUAUCAGAAAGUUUGAAGCACCAAAUUUUCAAAGCAAAAACUCUUCCAGAUCUUUAAAAAGCUGAAGAAGAAAAAUUGCAAAAAAGUAUGAGUUCUAAUCGAAGAAUUAUCUCCUAAUUUGUCUUUAAGUAGUAGGUAUUUUCAAAAUGAAAUGUUCUUCUGUACUCGACUUUAGUGAAAGGUGACUUUUUGUCCAUUUGUAUCACAAUUUUUAACAGCAAAAAGUUAAGUUGAAAUUUCGCCGGAAGAUGCCUGAGAUAACUCAGAGGAACCCAUAUUUUCCCGUUUUUUAAUGAUGUCUGGGAAGCCCUCCAAAAUAACAAGGGAGGCCUGUUGUUUUUGCUUGCGGAAUUCAAGCAAAGCUGCUGAGAGGUUGACCUUGAGCGACAAUAGACAAACAUUGUCACAACAUAAAUGUACCGCUCAAAAAGUGAAGGCUAUUUCAUCUUAAAUUUUAGGGAGGAAUAAGGAAGUAAGAGAUGAGUUUACAAAAACCAUUGGGGUUUUUUUUUAUCUUAUGACAUUUCCUCAGGAUUUUUAAGUGUAAGCUUAAUAAUGAUUUGUUUAAAAAGUAUCUGUUUUCCGAGAGCAAGUUCCAUAAAUCGUGACAAAAAAUGUUACAGAAUCUGUAAAGAUCUCGGAAGUGGGAGAAGUAAGCAAAUAAAAUUAGCCAUUGAAAAACAGUUUGAAGUUAUUCAUAGUAUUUAACCAUGCGAUUAUCCUGUGUGUGAGCGUUGAGCAAGGGCAGUAGGAAAGAAAGUAAGACCAUGCAUAAAUAAUAAAAUGUAUACACCUAACAGAGUGUCCCAGAGUGAAACUGUAGGAACACGUUCUAUGGGUAAAAAUGAAGUUUUUUCUAAAAAAAUGUUUCUGAAAGUACAUUCAGUUGUGGUCACGCCCCAUUUUUUAGGAAAGUCAUCCUGUAUCUGAAUUUUUCCGAUAGUUUUGGACCUAAACUUUAGGCUACCUCUCUAAUGUUGGGUGGAACUUGAAUGAAUCCUUAAGGGUACAAAAUCAAAGGGUAUAUUGGCCUUCAUUUCUUGAAAACUAAUUAUGAGCUCUGGAGGUGAAAAAUGCAAGUGAUUGUCUUUUAUAAUGAAUUUGUACCUAAUGAAAUUGUGCUCUGAAGAUAACACCUUCAUUUGCCUUGAAAUGGAGUUUUUUACCCUGUAAAAUCCAAGACUCCUUUAAAUUCCACUCUAACUUGAGAUUUUUGUCUAUUCAAGGCCAUGGAUGAAUUCUACGAUAGAUGGGGAGGGGGUGGGUAAACAUUUUGCAUGAGUUUUGAUCCAAAUAAUUGUCAAAAUUGAGAGAAAAUCAUGAAAUUCCUGUAAGUUUGGCGGGCCGCAUCCCCGACCAUAGGAACUUUUUGGAAUAAAUUGUCAAGAACAAGUCUUAUUUUGAAGCAGAAGGAUAUAACCACAAAGAAAAUUAUUUUUAAGAAAAUGCUCAUCUAUUGAAGCACUGUAGUGGACUGUGCGCUGCUAUUGCUAAUUUAAGUAUCCUUUGUAAUCAAAUCCUCUCUGCAUAUUAACAUCAAUAUACUUUGGAGCACCUCAACUCAGAGGGGAAAGCCGUCCAUAAAAUAAUAGACAUUGUCCAUUCUUCCGAUUACGGCUUUAAGAGGUUUCUUUGAGGGGUUGAGUGAAUGUUUUUUAGUUAUUUUCAUCCAAGUAUUUUAGGAUUUUGGAGUAGAUUUUUGGUUCUUCUGGGUUUAUUCUGUACAUAAGUCCUUCCUCUUUUAGUGUGAAUUGGUUUUCUUCCGCUACCUUGGCAUGUAAGUUAUCAAACAAGUUCUUGACGUUAUUGGGUUCCUCUCGGAGGAAUAUGGCCGGUGGCCUACUAUACGAUUUUUCUUCUUUAUUUGGUUGCUCAUCCAAUAUGCUAAAUCUAUUAGCUACAGUAAUUUUGCUACCUGUUUCGGGAUUGAAUCUAGGUUUCAGGACAGCUGAUUGAUGUUCUACCGUGAAAACCAACAUUAAAAACCCUGCAACUCAGCUGGCCAUCUUUGUAUUCAUUGAGACCAUGCACUGUUGCCAAAUAGGCAUGUUGGCAUUACUUCAUAACUUGGCACUCCUGGCCUGCUGUGCAUCAAACUGACAGCAUAUUCCAUAACCCACCAAUUAGAGCAGUGUCCCCUAAGCAGGGCCGGAUUUACAUUUUUAGCGCCCCAGGCUGAACUUAGGAUGGCACCCCUAACAAGUGCUCUUGUGGGGGGGGGUGGGGGUUCCCCCAGACACUCCUCCCCUCCAGAUCAGAAGGAGGAUGUUAGGUGUCAGGAAAAUGUUCAAAUUCACUUUCGAAAAAACACCAUUUUAAAUAGUUUUGAGGUACGUUUACGUUUGAAAGGUGGUUUUGGAAAAUAAGAAGUAACAGGAAACUCGUUAAAUUAAAAAAAAAAAAAAAAAUUAUUUUAUCGCACUAUUUCAAAGUGGUUUCUUUCUUGCUUUUUUGUUUGCAAAAUCAUCGAUUACGUCUUCUUUAUCAAUCUGGCUUGUGAUGCGCUGCUCAAUGGUAAAUGGACCAAGUCCCGUUAGUCUAGCCAUUCUCAUCAUUGACCGGAGGUAAUUCUUGAUGCGACGCAAGGUAGAGAAGGAGCGCUCUCCAGAACUGUUGGUUAUGGGUGUAGCCAGAAUCAUGCGGAGGGCUAUGUCGACGUUUGGGUAAAUUUCCAAAACAUCACUGUCAUAAAGAAAUUUAUAAAGUCCCCGUAGGCUUGUUGUUUUCUUUAUCAAUUUAUCGCCUUCCUUCUCCCACAAGGACGAGCCACACUGGAUCAGGAAGACUUUAAGGUGCGAUGAUUCGUCAACUAAUGUUGGUUCAAAAUCAUUAGGAUACAAGGCUACAAGCUCAGCAGCUUUGUUUGAAAUAAUAACGGAAUCCUGCUGUAGGUCGAUAUCCUCAAAAAAGCGGAAAGUGGAGUGGAGAUCAUUGUACUUAUCAGCCAGUUUACGUAACUCUAUGCUCAAAGUGUCCAAUAUCACGGUGAAUGUAUUAACUCUGAAAUCUUCACGACCAAUGAAAGACACUUCACCCUCUCAAGACUCGCCAAACGCAAGUUUUUGCUUUGGGUGUCUUAUUUUGUCGUACUUAUACGUGGUCACGCUUGAUUUUUCCUUCGCCAAAGUUUCUAAACGGUCGAAAUCUUCACGCAAAUUUGACUCGUAGUCGGAAAGAGCUUUGUACUGACAUUUGACCUCUCCGAGAUCUAUGGCUUGGCUUUGAAGUUUUUUGCUCACUUGAAUGUUUCUAAAAUACUUCCCCAUAUGGUGACCAUCAAAGCUGUUUCUAGGGAGUCCAAUUUAUCUCUUAGGCAAAGUGCCUCAUGCCUGGUAUCGCCUGGUUGAUGCUCAUCACUGGCAAUUUCGUCAAGAGACUUAAUUACUCCAGUCCAAUCUUUAACGAGAGAAACAUAAGCUCCAUUUAGUCAUGUAAAAAGAAUUUUAUCAAAGUCAGCUCAUCGCUGACUUAAAAUAUUGCAGAGUGGAGAACCGGAGCCGAGAUAACUUAUAAGUUGGCAGUUUAUGACGGAGACGGAAGGGAUCCAUCUCCGGUUGUGAGCUGCCGCGCCAGAUCAGCUGCGUCAGGCUAGGGUGCCUGGCCAGAGAAAUGCAGUGUGACGCGGCGGGCCGGAACUUGCCAUCGCCAGCAGAAGCGCACGAGUUUUAUCAGUCCAUUCUUUUCAUAGCGCUUGCGCCAUGUGCCCAUGUGCUUAUGACACGCGAAGGAAAUAGACUCGUAAACUACAACAUAGACGUUUUUUAAUAAAGUCUCAAAAAUUUUGCGCCGUAGGCUUUAGCCUAUUGGUAAAUCUGGCCCUGCCCCUAAGAAGAUCAUGAGUGAGGUGCACCCUGAGAAUCCGCAGGGGCUUUAGCUUCUGUUUGCAUAUUCAAUUUGUUCUAUGUCCAUUUUUUUUUAGUUUACAAUGCAUCUCAUCUCUAUAAUUAUUGUCCUUAUGUUACCUAUUUUUAAAUUGUUGCUCUGUAAACUUUAAUUUAUUUAUUUUUACUAAAAUUUCUUAUUUAUAAA